AUGGCUGCUCAAACAGAUUUUCCACCUGGCUUGACUGAGGCUGCAAUACAUCAAUUGCUUGACUAUGAACUAAACUCAGGCAUAUUUUACUUUCUAUUACAUGGCAUAUACACAGGUGUCCUUGCUGUAACUUUGUGGAGUAUUUAUAUUUCUAAGUCUCAACCAAUAAGAAGAGGCUUGGUUAUUGUUACCAUAGUCCUCUAUAUCACAACUUCCAUUAAUGUUGCCAUCACAUGGUCAAGCAUAUGCUCUGCCUUUAUUGACCAUGGACAAAAUCUGUGGACCAAGUAUUUUACAUAUGCAGAGGCCAAUGUCCCAGUAGAAACACUUGGAGCAGGUAUUGUCAGCACUAUUAGUACUAUCCUUGCAGAUUCUACCAUGAUCUGGCGUUGUUGGCAAGUCUGGGGACAGUGCUGGCUAAUUGUUCUCAUUCCCAUUCUUUGUUUAUUUUCUGGUGUUGUUUGCAAUAUCUUAGUCUUCCACCAAGAAUUUCUGUCAGGCUUUAUGAUGAAUCCACUUCUUCAAAUACUUUAUAUCUCCUUCUCACUGGCUACAACAUUAUUUUGCACACUACUAAUCAUAUAUCGCAUUUGGAGAGUUGGACAGAUAAACAAUGGUGGUCUCAGAGUUUAUGGUCAUAUGAUUGAAGUCCUUGUUGAAUCUGCAGCUCUUUUUUCCAUAUCCUUGAUAUUAUAUGUUGUUCUUGAUGCUUCCAAUAGUUCAGCCUACUAUUAUAUUGAUCGUCUUGCAGCAAUUUUAAGAGGUGUUACUCCAACACUCCUUAUUGGGCGUAUUGUAGCAGGACAUGCUCGUCCAGAUGACUCUUGGCAAGGAAGCAUAGCAUCAUCACUCAACUUUAGGCCUGGUCACUCUCAGACAAGCUCACAGGAGGAUUCCAUGAUUAGCAUCAAUCUCAGUGAUGAUCUUGAAGCACAACAACCAGAGAGGAAUGUAAUAUAUGAGCACCCUCUAGGAGGUUAUCAGGAGGAUGUCAGGCAGAGAGUUAUGCAUGGUGAUAACAUGGAGGCUCUGCCAGAGGAAGUAGAUGGUGGUUCUGACAUGAUCAAUGAUGUCAUUAUUGUCCAAAGGCAUUGA